UUGGAAAACUUUAUUGACAGCGCAUGUGAGUGCACGCCGCGACACACGCCGAGGGAGUGAAGGUUAAACUACUCGAGUGUUAAAAACCAAAUUAAUACAUUUAAUAAAUACUUUAACGCGAUUGAUUAAGCAAAACCGGGAAAUGGACCCAAUGAAGGCGCAGCAGCUCGCUGCGGAACUGGAAGUGGAGAUGAUGUCAGACAUGUACAACCGGAUGACGGGCGCGUGUCACAGGAAGUGCGUGCCCCCCCACUAUAAGGAGGCGGAGCUCUCGAAGGGGGAGGCGGUCUGUCUGGACCGUUGCGUUUCCAAGUACCUGGACGUUCACGAGAGGAUGGGCCGCAAGCUGACUGAGCUGUCUGUGCAGGACGAGGAGCUGAUGAAAAGCAUGCAGCAGCAGGGGGCGGGGCCCCAGUGAUGAGCUCAUGCGCCAGGACACGCCCCCUUCCAGCGAGGUCACGGCUCGGACCACGCCCCCCACCCUGACACACUCACCAGAGAGACUCAAUUCAAACUUCAAGACUCCAGACUCCCGCUGCACAGCAGUGUGAUCCAGUCCUGCUUUCACUAGGAGUUUAAUAAUCAGACUCCCGCUGCACAG